AUGUCGUUCAUCACACUGAAGUAUUCUAGGCCGGGCGCCUGUCUUUGUCUCCCCGACUCCAUCCACCCCCUCUGUCCUUCUCACGGCGCGCGGGAGUCUCCCAGCAAAAAGAGAAAGAGUGAAGUGAGACAGGAAGACUCUGAUCCAGACUACACUCCUUCAACGAGACGUCGAAAGUCAGGACAUCGAGAAACCAGUUCAGCUGGAGAUGACACGACGACAUUGGAGACACCACACUCACGCCUCGAGAAUGAUCAUGCGAACGAAGCACUCACUUCAACUACCUCCCCUUCGACCGUAGCAAGACACCAAGGCAUAAGAUCUGUGAGGAGGAGGAGGAGGAGGAGCAGCACCGCCACCAACCGGAAUACAACACCAGCAUCUUCCCGCCCGAAAAGAAACAACAUGCUUCCUAUUCCUUCGAAUGCGCCCUCUGUCUUGCUACCAGGUUACACUUUUGAGGAAGCCAGGGCUUACCUUGCCAACGCCUCGAAUUUUAGGAAAGAAGAAAAGAAGAGCUGGACUCCCACCCCCCGUUUCCUCUUCAAGCGCAGACAGGUCGAACAGGCUGGUUGGAUGCGAUUCGAAAUUCUGAGUGACAAUUGGAAACAUUUCCGCUUCAUGCUGUAUCGCGAGCUCUUGGUGGCACAAGAUGGUUCGGUCACUUUUGCCGAUGCUUUGACGUUUCCCAAGCCCCAAGGGCAUGGCAUUGAUGCAUCAAUCCUGCGGACCAAUCGACAGAUCUACCGAGAAGCCAGCACAGUCCUCUAUAGCAAGAACAAGUUUGUCGCAGCCGACCCCGAUCAUCUCUUCCGGCCAAAUGGGCUAAAAUGCCUCCGACGUCGAACCACAACCCUCAUCCAGCACAUUUCAUUCGAAAAGAGUGGUAAUGCCGCGCAGUUGUGCCAGGAGUAUUGUGAAAGUAUCUUGCAACCGAUAUGGAACAUGAUGAUCCAAUACCCUGCGUUCUUGAAUCUCCGGAAACUCAGCCUGCGUCGUGAAGUCAUUCGAGCAAACGAUUGCAACCUCAUCGACAUGCAGAUGUACUUUGACAAGACGACGAACGCGACUCUUAGUGCUCGAGGUGUUUUCAACAAGAAAGAUCUCAUCAUACACACUGCAGCGAAGCUUGCUGCAUGGGCUGCGAUGAGGGAUUCAUGGUUCGAUAACUUACAUCUCGUCCAAAAUUCGUACCCAGACAUGCCCGGACACACAGGAAUGCUCAAGCAUGUCGUCGAGGUUUGCCUUUCUAGAGGACAGGAUGAAGACCAGGGCAAGACUUUUGUCAAGCUCGAUCUACACGACACCAUCAUGGCGGCCUUGGAGGUCGAAAUUGAAAAAGGAGAGCAAGGCGCGGAUAGCCUUUACGACAACUAUUUCCAAAAACAUCGACUUCAGCUCACGUCAUGA